AUGGCUGCUGUUGAUACUAGAGCGCCUUCUGGAGGCCCUGAUUCUGCUAUAUUGGACAAUAUCCCAGCCAGCCUUCUCCACCCUUCUAUGGGUUUGACUCUUGUGAAAAAUGUCAAGAAGUUAGCAAGCUCUACAUCAUUUUGGGAGCUUCCUGCUUACGAGAGUUGUAUGACCUUAAGCUAUGGCGGCGUUAUAGAUGAUGCCGCCACUGUGGCUGAGCUAGAGGUCCCGGUAUCGAGCGCUCCCGUUGUUGUAGAGAAACCUGCUGGGAAGCGUGCCCCUCCAAAGCGCAAGCUGCCACCUAAAAAGGGUGAUUUUGAUAUAAGCAGCUUCAUUAACAUUGGUGGUAUGCUAGAAAGUGUCGAUGUGCUUGGCCCUUUUGCGACUGAUGAGGAUAAUAAGAGCAGUGUAUUUAUCAUCACUAGUAGGAGGCCUCCAACACCACUUAAUAGCUCGACUGAUGAGGCUCAAUCUGGCCACCUGGUAGUCUACGAGAUACCAUUUGAGCAUGUUCCUAUUGAAGAAUCAGGUAAUAAACCGCUUUGUAAGCUGAUCCUUAAGAAGCCACGUUUGUCAAGGAUCUCUCCCCUAAAAAGUGGUAUUUGUGUUGGUAUAGAAUGGUUAAAUCCGCUAUUAUUUGGUGAGUUUCUACCAUCCAAGAGGGGCGAUCCUUUGGUGCUUCUGUUAAUGGACAAUGGAUCCAUAUCUCUAUGUAAAUUUGACGUCAGUGUUUUGAGAAGAGAUGUUCGUGAUGGAGCGGUGGUUGAAGAUUCAUAUACCGAGCUUUGGGAGCACGACCCUACGGUUGAAAUACCAGAUCAGUUCAUAACAUGUAUGGCAGUAUCAUACGGUACCGAGAAAUACAAGCAACCUGUUGAUAACGAUUCUCUUGGGUCUAAGGAUGGGCGUUCUAGCACUUAUCGUCAUAUAGUAACCAUUUGUGGUGGUACAAGUGACGGUUAUUUGCAUAUGUGGCGUUUUUACUGGGAUGAUUUAUGUGAAGCAUCUAGUUUGAUUUCACUUUGUGACGGCAAUUCUGUUUACCCUUUUUUUUCGCAAUCUACCCCUAUAUUUGUGGAUCCUAAGGAUACACGACCUACCCGUCGUCUGACUGCGCUUCGUUUUUUACCAUGCCCGGAAUCGUUCAUCUUGUCUAUAGCUACCUACCUGGGUACGGUGAUAAUAUGGGAUACACGCAACUCGUAUCUUGAGGGUGAAUUGACAUCAUAUCACAAUUCUCAUCGUCCUCUAACAUCUAUAUGUUUUUCAGGCACUCAGCAGCAUCUUUUGAUCGGUGGUUCGUCUGUGGUAUCUGUAGAAUGGCAAUGUAAACCGGGUUUGACCCAGCUGCCAUAUGACCGUAACCCUCAAAUUGCUUACAAGGGUUUGAUGGACAAUGUUUGUUGGUGUAUGGAUUCAACUGAGCAUUCAUCGUAUUUCGUGUAUGAUGACGGUUUAUUUGUGCAAGUACCUGCCAACGCUAUAGGCCGUCGUAAUACUUAUGACCUUACGACAACCUAUCUGUGGGAACCUAGUACCGUUGAUGGUUUUGAUCAAGUUGCUAGUGCUCCUUCUGUGCCUAUUCGUGACGUGGUAUCUCAUGCUGCUGAUCUUGCAGAAGGUCAAUUUCAACUGGAUUUAUCUUUUAUUCGUGAUAACGGCAUUUGGAUAACCCGUAACGGCAGUAAAUUCCGAGGCCCUCGGUCAGACGAUAUCCAAGCUCAGAGGUUAUUGCGUUGCAAGGUGUUAGCUCACCAUACUGUGAAGUCUCGUAUCUUGCCAAUAGUGGCAUAUUGCACUUGA